GUUGUGGUUUUGUGGGAUUUAAACCGAAUUAUUGACUCAAAUUGCACUUGUUGGGAUUAGCAGCCAAGUUUCGGUCUCGGUUUAUUACGCUUUAAUAACUCGUUCCACGUAACUAAAUAAACAGCGCGUUGAAGAUCGUUUGUUUGUAUAGUAUUGAUAGUAUACUGGAAAAUGUUUUUAUAUUAACCUGCGAGUGAUUCCCGAUCGCUAAAUGCUGUCUAAUCUGAAGUGGAAAAACGUAAAAUGGGGAAGAGUAAACAAAGAGGAAAGAAGCCCAAAAACGUCUUCCAGGUGGACGUCAAGCACGUGAAGCCCAAAAACAAAGCCAAACCAGUGAAGACGUCGCUCAAACAUAUGAACACCAUCAGGAACGAGAAGGUGGAGAACCUGAACCAGAUCUUCACCGAAGUCCAGCGUGACGUGAAGAGCGUGUCCAAGUCGGUCGCUCCUGAACCGAAGCAGCAAGUGAAGAUUGCCAAAGAGCCGGCGAAGGAAUCCGUGAACGUGGACAACACAGCUCAACUCUUCGCUCAGCUGUAGGAAAUGGACUCGGAUGCUGAACAUGUGAGCGAUACUGGACUGAACUCUGCUGGGAUUCUGCAUCUUUUCAGCCACAAGUGAUCUCCUGUGGUGGUUUCACCAGGACUCUCCUCCCCCACCUACAUCUCUUUAUCUACUGAAUUCAGGCUCACAAAUAAAUCUUAUCAGUGAAGGUCAUGUCCCAGAAAAGCAUCUGUUCUAAGGUCAGUUAAUUUAUUUGCUGUUUCCCCUCCUGGAUCCACUGGUCCUGAUCCCGGGCAGCGGGAUCGUGUGGUGACUCGCGACUGUGGUCAGUCGUCAAUGAGUCCGGAAGCAGAGUGAGACCUCCUGUGUAAACAAACCAGCGCUCCGUAUAAAUAAGCUGGAGGUGCUCAAGGUGAAGUGGAGAUAAGGUGUCGCCUGAGUGACACUUUAAUCUCCUCAAAGAUUUUCGAUUAGAUGGUGGAGAGUCUGUCAGGUCUUUUUCAUUGCUUCCUUCAAGGACCUUUGUGGCGCUUGGUGUGUCCGCUGAUGUUUCACUACUCUCCGUUUUCAUGCCCUGAAAACACUCAUGAUUGAUGUGAAAAUGCAGCUGAACCAGGAUUUCUGAUGUUUAUGUGAAGAAAA